GGGAUUUUCGCGCUGGACUAUAAACAAAGAAAAUGUCGGUGUGUAGUUCGUAGCUGGUUUGUUCUCGACGCUGCAGACGGAAGGUGAAAGCUCGUGUUGGUGAUAUUGAAGAUCAUUCGAGCGGCUGGAGGCUGAACUCUGAGCAUCAGUGACACCAUGGUGCUGAAGAUUUUCUUCCCACAGUGCUGUAACCGGGCCGACAGCGGGCUGCUGGUGGGCCGCUGGAUCGCCAAUAAUGACUCGGCCGUGGUGCUGGCGGUCAUCCACUACCCGUUCAUUUCUGGACAGGUCAAACAGUACAUCCAGAAGAUGCAAGCUCAGAGUGGUGUGGAGCUGUCGGUGUUGGGUUCAUGGAGUUUACCCAAAGAGGGUCAGGAGGGAAUGGAGAGCUUCCUCGUAGACCUCAGCACCAUCUUCCCUCAUGAGCGCUGGCUCCAGAUUAGUCGCCAGGUGGGCAAGACGGGCUUCAUCUGUAACAUCCUCCUUCGGGAUCAAAAUGGAGGUGCAGCUCAGCAGAAGGUAAUGAAGAAGAGGGACGAAGAGGAUGAGAAGACUGAUGGUAAGGAUGGGGAAGAGGAGAAGGUGAUCUUCGUCCACUACGAGCAGAGGAAGGUGAUGCUGUCGGAGCUUCACCCCGUCCAGAAUGGAGUUCCUGACCCCAAAACUGAUCCUCCAUCUGAGCUUAGACAGAUGUUUCACACGGUGGCUCACAGUCAGCCUCUGUUCUUCAUAGACCGAUACGACGACGGGCCGCUCAAGACGACUCACUGGCAGUCUGAAGGUCGAGAGGGCAGCAUCAUUGUAGAGCUGCUCAAACAAGCUUCUGUCCCGCUCUGCAUGCUCAUCACUUGGCUGUUGUCCAUGUGGACGUGGAUCUGCAACAUCCGCAUCUUCAGCUGGUACCCGCUCCGCCUCCUGGGCAGUAAACUCUCCACGUGUGUCCAGCUCAACUAUAGAACCGAACACAUGAGGACUAUCAGCUCAACCAAACCAGCUGCAGGACACUCAGACUUCAUGAGAAAAGCCAACAUCGUGGUGUCAAUCUUGGUGGACGUGGCUCUCGGCCUGCUGCUCAUCUCUUGGCUCUACAGAGACAACCACAUCACCAUGUUAGCAAACACGCUGGUGCCCGCGGCAGAUCAUGUGGCCAAAGAGCUGGAUGAGCUGCUGCAGUGGCUGAUGGGAGCUCCUGCUGGGCUGAAGAUGAAUCGGGCCCUGGAUCAGGUUCUGGGACGCUUCUUCCUAUACCACAUUCACCUGUGGAUCAGCUACAUCCACCUGAUGUCUCCGUUCGUUGAGGGGAUCCUCUGGUACGGGGGCCUGUCCGCCUGUCUGGGCCUGACCUUUGCCCUCUCGCUGCUCUCAGAUAUGGUGGCCCUCCUCACCUUGCAUAUCUACUGCUUCUAUGUCUACGGAGCCAGAUUGUACUGUCUGAAGAUCUACGGCCUCUCGUCUCUCUGGAGGCUCUUCAGAGGGAAGAAGUGGAACGUCCUGCGUCAGAGAGUGGACUCCUGCUCCUAUGACCUGGACCAGCUCUUCAUUGGAACGCUACUCUUCACCAUCCUGCUCUUCCUGCUUCCCACGACAGCGCUCUACUACCUAGUCUUCACUCUGUUGCGGUUGCUGGUGGUGCUUCUCCAGGGUGUCCUCCACCUCAGUGUGGAUUUCCUCAACUCCUUCCCGCUGUUCGCUAUGGCCCUCCGCAUCUGUCGGUCCUACAGACUGGCAGAAGGUGUAAAGUUCCGGGUCCUGUGUGAAGAACCUGGUACGGCCCUUCACCUAAUGAUGGAGAUUAACCCUCUGAAGUGCAGCACAGUGGUUCAGACCUACCGCACUCCCACUUACAGUUGUUACCCAAAAGACUCAUGGGCAGCGCUGGUCAAGAAACUCUUUGUCGGGGAGCUGAUUUACCCCUGGAGACACAAAACCACCAAGACUGACUGAGAGACACUCACCAGAUGCGUGUGUGUGUGAGAGAGAGGGAGAGGGAGAGGUGAGGGGAGGAUGGAAAGGGAAGAGACUGAAUAAAUAGUGAGAUAGAAACAGACAGAUGGAGUUAAAGGUGAAACUAGAACAAAGACCUGUCAGUGUCAUGGAAGGACGUCAGUGAGAAAGAUUUAACUGCCAAGUAUUCAAACGUUUAAUUCUCUGAAAUCGUGUUUCACAGCAUAAGGAUGUCAACCACAAGAUUUAAACUGGAAGUAAACGUUUCCUUCCGUAAUUAUAAAAUUAUUUCCAGUAAACAAAUCCUUUUUUUAGUGAUUUUUAAUUGUAGUAAAAACAUUCCCUUUAAGUGACUAAAUAUAUUUAUUAGAAAUCAGUCUCAAUCUUUAAAUAAGCAACUGAAAGCUGACUGUAAAUGGUACUUUUCCAAGGAUACCUUGAUUUCUUCAGCUCACGACUAUAAAACAGAACACCAGCAGAAGAAAACAGGACUUUAAUAUUUUGGAAUAUGAAGAAAAAAAACGGAUGAUAUAUAAUAACAACUUUAAUUCAAAAUCUGCAGAUACGAUACAAAGGUGUAUUACCACUCUUAAAUGAUUUGAAAAGAGUUUGUGUUUUUCACUUUGAUUUUGUGGAAAGCUCUUUGUAUGACAAGCAAAUAUACAGCAUUUAGUUCACGCUAUAGACAUCUGAGCUCUUAAAUAUUAAGGGAUACCUAUGAUGAUUUUCAGUAUUUUCUUGUAUUGCCCAGUGCUAAGUGCGUAAUAUAGACUUUUUUUUCUUAAUGUAAAAGUUUGGCAGAGUUAAACAGCCCAAAGUCUGUGGUAAAGGGGGAUCCCCUCCCCCACAGAAAACACUGAACCUCCUGAAAGACCUUACUACAGCAUCAUUCUGAUGUCUGGCAUGCCCACUUACAAAGCCAGAUCAGAAUAUGACAUUGCCUCUCGCACUGGAAGUGGUUGACCAAUCACAACAUAGUGGGCCAUGGGCAUUGAGAUCACAAAGUGGCAGAAGUGAACAGCCUGGGUCAACUUACACACCAGAAUCCUACUUCAGGGAUUUGUGUAUUAACUGCACUGAGUGUGUAGAUAUAUUUAAACAGUUUAACUGGACUAACUGAUUUUUAUUAUUAUUUUAAAUACAUUUUUUUAUUCUUAAGAGUUGUAGUUCAAAAAACAUUAUUUAUGUUUUAGGUUUAUUUGUUGCCUUAUCUCUAUAUUUUACUGUGAGCAAUGAAUGUGGCUCUUGAGAGUCAGUUAGAGAUAGAAAUGAACAUUAUGCGUUAUGAUAUAAGGCAAAUUAACUGGUUUAAACUUUUGACUGUUUUUAAUUUAUUUGUGACUAUUCCUUUAUCUUAAUUAAAUUAAUUUAGUUAUUUUUCUCAUUAAAUCCACCAAUGAUCUAAAUCCAAUGUUUAAAUACUAUAUUGUCAUUUAAUAAAAUCAUUUAAUAUUA